AUGUCUCUCAUUUGGCUGAUGCUGUUGUUCUCAGCUCAUCUGUCUGAAUGUGUGCCGGAGAAGCCGAAGAGGUCAGCUCUGAACCAGCUGACCAGGACCCUCCUGAGGAAAUACGACUGUGGAGUUCGGCCCGUUCACAACUGGACCAGCGCUACCACCGUCUCCAUAGACCUCAUACUGCAGUCUGUCCUUGACGUGGAUGGAAAGACACAGAGCAUUACUAUAAGUAUUUGGUACAGACAGAUCUGGACCGAUGAGUUCCUGGUUUGGGACCCGGAGGAGUUUGAUGGCAUCAAUGAGAUCUCACUGUCGUCUGAUGCCAUCUGGAUACCUGAUGUCAUCGUUAGUGAAUUCGUGGACGGGGGGAAGUCUCCGCCGAUCCCCUACGUUUACGUCAACUCCUCCGGCUCCGUGAAGAACUACCGGCCCAUGCAGGUGGUGCUGGCCUGCAGCCUGGAGAUGUACGCCUUCCCAUUUGACAAGCAGAACUGCAGCCUCACCUUCCGCAGCUGGCUUCACUCAGUGAAGGAAAUAGACCUGGCUCUUUGGAGGAGCGCGGAGGCCAUCGCUGACGAUAAGAGGGAGUUCAUGAACGACGGAGAAUGGGAACUGCUGUCCAUUCCUUCACACUACUGGCAAAUCCACCAGGACAACACCGACUACGCACACAUCCAGUUCAAUGUGCUGAUCCGCCGGCGCCCCCUGCUGUAUGUGGUGGGCCUCCUCAUCCCCAGUAUCUUCCUCAUGCUGGUGGAUGUGAUCAGCUUUUAUCUGCCUCCGGACAGCGGCAUUCGCAUCGCCUUCAAGAUCAGCAUACUGCUGGGCUACACCGUCUUCAGAGUCAACAUGACGGAUGAGCUGCCUGCCACCGCCGUCAGAACGUCUCUUAUAGGUGUGUUCUUCGCGGUGUGCAUGGCCAUGCUGAUGCUCAGCCUCAUCAAGUCUAUACUGGUGGUGAAGCUGCUCCACCACAGCGAGAAGGAGGUCAGGCAAAUGUCAGUGUCUGCCUGCCUGCUGGACAAGUACGGCUCGGCCGGCCCCAGCAAUGAGAGCGCUUUAACCUCCAUCAAAACCCUCGACCGCAUCAACCCGUCCGGAGAUUACGAGCUGGAGCCGUCACUGGAGGGGGAUCUGCUGUCCCUGAGCGAGUUCCAGGAUGUUCCCUCUGGGCCGGAGUGGCUCCUCCAGGAGCUGGUGUCCCUCCGUUUGGCUUUAUCCCAGGAGGCCAGCGAGGCGUCGGCUCAGGCCGACUGGCUGGCCCUCUGCUCCAGGCUCGACUGCUUCCUGUUCCGCCUCUACCUGUUCGUUCUGGCCUUGUACGCCGGUACUCUGCUGCUGCUCUGGGCCAGCUGGAGCUUCGCCUGACCGCCUGCUCAGAGACUUACUGAUUGUUGCGAACACUGUACAGUACUUCUUGCUUUUUGGUGUUUAUCAUAUUUACACUGAUUCUGGAUGCAGAACUUUUAAAAGCUUUAAUGUGUUACAAUGAAAAAAAAGCAGAUCGCAGAAAUAUACUAUAAUUACCGCCUCGUGCUUGUAUCCCUCCGCCAUAAAAUAUUAACCAAUUGUGUCAUAAUUGUUGUGUGAAGUCUUUCUUUCAAAAUCUAAAUCAGUUUGUUCUCGAGUCCAGGUGAACAUUUGUACCAAAUUUAAAAUCGUGUUUUGUGAGGGCACAGUGACCUUGACCUUUGACCUUUAGCCACCAAAAUCUAAUCAGUUAAUCCCUGAGUCCUAGUGAGCGUUUGUGCCAAAUUUGAAGAAGUUCCUUCAAGGUGUUACUGAGAUAUCGUGUCGACGAGAAUGGGACGGACGGACGGACAAAAGGCAUAAAAAGACGCUGCAUGAUCCUAUUUAAUUUCUCCUUGACGAAAGUUUGUAAGAAUUCAAUAAAAAAAAAAAAAAAAAAACAAAAAAAAACACACUUUAUAUUGAAUAUUGCCGUUAUUCAAAUGAAUAACUCUGAGCACUAAAAUAAUGCACUAAAAUAAUCUCUUCAUUUGGAUGAUGUAAUAAUUCUUACUUGCACGGAACAACUGUACGGUCGAAGCUGAAGCAGGAAGUUGGUGUUUAAACUGUGAUAAACCUUUACAGAGGUCAGUUUAGCUGAUCAUUUUACCUAAUUUUAACUUCCUCUGUCUAAAAUGUUUGACUGGGAAUGAUCAUGUUUCGGUGAUGUCAUCGUCACAAAUCAUAUCUAUCAAACUGGUGAGUUAAAUUAUAUUAAAACCGACAGAUGACUGCCAAAACUAAACAACUAAAUAAAUAAAUAAAUAUUUGAAGUUGUCUGAAAAUAGAGUUAUCCUUAAAUAUUCUGCUCUGCCACUAUAGCAGCAUCAUAGUUUCACAGAGACAUUAUUGUAUUGUGUCUGUUAUCAUGUUUUUUCCCGACAGUGAAGAUUUUCUCAAAGAUACUGUAUAAUAAAGCAGCUCUCUGGAGAAAAUCCUCAGUGCCAGUGUGAUGUUAUAAUACCGUAUUCAUACUUUAAUCUCCAUCCCGCUGCCACAAAAUAGAUCAAUACAACCCAUUCAGAGCUCAGCCGCUGUGUCUCUAUUCCCUGUUGAUUUCUUAAUAGUCGUGAUAAGAAUAUCAAAAGUGCGUCAUAGGAAACUUACCGGCGGAAAGAUCCAUAUUAAUGCAAUUUUCACAAAGUGUCUGCAAGCCUCUUCUUUCCAGUGGCUCUGGUUACAUGAUGUUAUGCAACAGAGCUGUGGAUAAAUGUUAAGUCAGUGCCUCAUUACCGGCUCUUUGAGGUAACCAGUGGUUUCUGCAUGCUCACUUCAAGCUUCAGUGUUUUUCGCUUUGUUGUGAAUAUGAAUGUCAUCUCAAGAUGAUUGUAAUUGUUCAUUUAUUGCCUUUGUGUGUCGCAUUAAUAUAUUGUGUUGUGAAGAUAAAACACGAGAGAAGUGAAAAUAAAAGC